AUGCUGUGGUCGCUAAAGGUCCAUGAAGCAGUUGGGAGAUACUGGGCAGCACUGGCAUGUGAAUUUACGGAUUCAACAGUUUUGCCAAUGAAUAUUACCGAUCUUGCGCUAAGUUUGACGCGACUCUACGUGCCACAGAUCAAGAAAGCAUUGGAACAGCUCAGAGAGUACUGGGAUAUUCUGGAGCACGCCAGAACUCAGCUCAGCCAUUUUAUCAAGGCCUCAUCGGAUUUUCUCGAUCGGGCAAGGAGAUUUGAAGGUAUUAUUCAGCUUACACUGCAUGAAUAUGUCUUAAAUCCGUACGAGUUAAAUAUCAUCUCAUUGCUAAACGAUAGGCUCAUGGAAGUUGAACGCUGCUUCGUAAAUCCGCGUGGAAUGCCUGAACAACCUUCGCAACGGCACAUGCUGUUUAGCGUUAAUAGUAGCGAUGAAUAUUCUUCCAAAGUUAUGGGCAGUGUUCAUAAUGCUGUACGUUUUUUAGAAUUUCAAAUUGAACUUAAAGUUUAA